AUGGAACAUGGGCAUAUGGGAGGCAUGGCAUCACCACCAUCACCACCAUCAUCCAUGAUGAACGGCUCAAAUGGGAUGAUGCACCAUAAGAUGAUGAUGCACAUGACCUUCUUCUGGGGCACGAACGCCGAGGUGCUCUUCUCCAAGUGGCCAGGCUCAAGCACCGGCAUGUAUUACGUGUGUCUGCUCUUUGUCUUUGCCCUAGCUGUUAUCGUCGAGUGGCUGUCUCAUUGUCGUUUAAUCAAGGCUGGCUCAAGCGACGUCGUUUGUGGACUGGCCCAGACUUUCCUGCAUACCAUUAGGGUUGGGCUGGCUUAUAUGGUCAUGUUGGCCGUCAUGUCAUUUAAUAUUGGUGUGUUUCUUGUGGCUGUGGCUGGGCACACCGUUGGGUUCUUGCUGUUUGGGAGUAGGGUUUUCAAGAAACCAGAUCCUGAGGAUGAAAAGGGCUCUGAUCUUCCUCCUAUGAGUUGUUGA